AUGAUUUUGCUUGGUUUCUUAAUCAUUUUCUUUCAAAUAAAUCUUAUCGAGAAUGCUUCCAGUAGAUCAGCUGUCUUAGACUGUAGCAAGCGCAAUUCUGACGGACUUUAUGGACGUGGUUGUUCAUCAAAAUUCAUGAAAUGUUAUAAUGGCAAAUUAUAUGUGUAUAGAUGUCGCAAUAAUCUGAAAUUUAAUGUUGAAACAGCUAAAUGUGAAGAACGAAGACAAGUUAUUGCUUGUAUCAAUAACAUGGAUAAUGAUCGAAUAAUUGUGAAGGCAGACGAUCCCUUUGAUUGUUCAAAGAGAGAGGAUGGUGUUUAUGGCAGUGGAAAAUGUUCGACAACUUACUAUCAUUGUUCUCACGGUCAUUCCUCGGAAAUGUUGUGUCCAGCUGGCUUAUACUACAAUGAUAAGUUGAAAGCAUGUGAUGAAGUUGAUAGCAUUGAUGAAUGUAAUGUACUGACUGCGCUGCAAGGAUACAAUGAACGCCGGGAGAGUCAUUUGGGUGAAAGAGGAAAAUAUAUUGAACGGAAUUUAUUGUCCACUUUUAAUGGAAAUAGAAGAUACACUGGUGGCACGCCUAGAUUGUCAGCCGGUAAAGAAAAGAAUAGCAUGGGUCAUGAUAGUAAUGAUAAAAAGCGACCUGCUCGACAGACAUUGUAA